AUGGCUCUGCAGAACCUGGUGUUUGUGGUGGAUGUGGAUUAUGGAGAGCAGAGCACAGAGGAGCUCACGCAGAGGAAGGCAGUGUUAAAGAGGGGACUGCUCCAAAUACUGCUGCAGCUGGGAUACAGGUUUGGGUUUGAGAAGGUGCGUUGGGGGUACAAGUUGUUCAGCUCGGGCUCGGGUCGCAGCUCCGGUCUCAUCUCCAGAACGUCUGACUUCAAAGAACUGCGUCUCAAAGCGUUCGAGGACUUUGAGGCCGAGCUGGACAGUCGGAGUGCACUGACGUCACAGAGGAAGAGUCUCAGCAGCGCCACAAGCUGUGUCCAGAACGUAUUGAAGGAGACUCUGCUGGACUUCCAAUGGGACCGGCCAGACAUAACGUCCCCCACCAAACCCAGCACCCGAGGGGGGAGACGAGGAGAAGAGCUGGAGGACCCUACCAGCAACGGUGAGGGGAGGAACCUGGUGUUUGUGUUCAGCCAGUGCCCGCGCUCACGUACUCAGCUGCUGGAGUACCUCGGUCUUCCUGCAGGAGACGCAGACGAGUCAGAAAGACUCCUGUCCAACAGAGUGAGGGACAUGAUGAAGGAGAAACGCGUUACUCUUCACUGGAUCGAUACCAGGCCAUAUCAACAGGUGUUGCAGUGUCAGGACCAGUGUGGUGCAGAUGCUAUGUCUCUCCUCCUCUCUCCUCUAGGGGGCAGACUGCUCCCUCUGUCCUCUAUCUUAGACCUGUCACACUCUGGCUCUGAGCUCAGUCCAUGGUUCAGUUCAGUCUGGGGCUUUGUCCUCAGUCCAGAGACACAAUACAGACGAGGGUUCCCCCAGAGAGAAGCUGCCGUGUGCUGGGAGAGAGAUGGUGUAGUGUGGCGCAGUGUCCUGCAGGCGGAGGCAGUGAGCCGCUCCCAGAGGCCUCUGUCUGUGUGCACUGAGGUCCGUCUGAAGGCCGUGAUCCAAGACCAGACCCAGACCUGGCUUCAGUCCGGACCGCAGGGCUCUGAGGUCUAUGUUGUCCACAGUCCAGAUCAGGACUGGUUCAGAGAUGCUCUAAAGGAGAUGAAGGACAAACGCCUCCGUCUGUUUGCUGACGUGUUGGAGGACGGCCUCACUCGCUCCUCUCUCCUCACUCCCCUCUCCCAUAACUCUGCUCUGCUUUACCUGCUCCCACACUGUGCCCUGGAGGACACAAGGAUCUCCUGUACCUCUGCUCCUCCACACUGUCCCCUGGAGGACACAGGGAUCUCCUGUACCUCUGCUCCUCCUCCACACUGUCCCCUGGAGGAUACGGGGAUCUCCUGUACCCCUGUUCCUCCUCUACACUUUUCCCUGGAGGACACAGGGCUGCCCGAGGUGGUGAACAGUGUGCUGGGGGUGGUCUAUAACAUGAUGGAGGAAGAGGAGCAGACCCCAGUGUGGGCUCAGCAGGAGGCUCAGCAUGAGCUCGGGUCCUCAACCGUCACAGCAGGAUGUGUCCACAGCUGGUUUCCUCACAGCGACAGCAGAGGAGUCAGUGCUAACCUCAUGGAGAGCAUCAGGUUGAUCCAUGCAGUUCCAGAGGACGUCUCCAGGGGGAGUGAAGAGCAGGAGUUUCUGACCGACCUGAAGGAGAUGUACAAGAGCAGCAGCGGCAUCCGCACACAGCGCAAACGUGGCGGUCACAGGACUCUGCUCAAACAGAAGAUGAAAACUAUGAGUCGAUCUUUGCAGAUGUUAAACGCAGCACGCCUCAAUGUCAAAGCUCAGAAAACACAGUGUGAUCCAGAGCCGAGCGCCACGGAGAAACUGAGGAGGAAGGACCGCGAAAGGAGAGAGGAGAGAGCCCCGUGUUUCUCGUCGGAGGCCGAGCUGCUGCAGUAUCUGAAGGAAACUUACAGUAAAACAGUUUCAGACCUGAGUCUGAGCUCUGGACUCUCACUGCUGCUGUCGUCUGUGAGGGGCCACCUGGGGAAGGGCUCUGAGGUCAAUCAGAGCACUCUGCUGCAGUCCCACCUGGUGAAGAGCAGUCAGUCCAUCCGUCUGCAGUACAGCUCUGCUGCCAACCCUGAGGAAAAGAUCAGAGAGUGCCAGCUGCAGGCCCUCCUGAGGUUGGAGAUGUGUCGUCUUGUCUCUUCUGUCCAAUCACAGGCUGUGGAUUGUGAGCUCAUGGCUGAGGAGGUGGCCGAGAUGUUGAGGAUCAUCUCUGUGACCAAAGACCCAGUGUUCCUCAGAGGAUUCCUGCAGGACCAUGUGCUGCUGCCGUUGUUCCUGACCUCCAUCCCUGGAGUCCUGGCUGACCUGUACCAUGCUCUGGGCACUCAGCUCCCAGAAUGCCUAGCGGCACACCUGCCCACAGACUUCUUCAGUGAUGAGUCUGUGUCCAAAGAUUUCCCCUCAGAAGAUUCCAGCGCUCCAGCUUCAAACAGAGAUGGAGGUCUGCAGGGACUGAGGGAGAAGUCUGCGGCUCACAGGAGGAGCGGGAUGUUGACGCGUCACCGAAGUCUGACGGAGAGCUCCCAGAGACAGAUUGAGGUCACGCUGCCCAAGAGGAGAGGCCCCGCUGUGGUGAAGUCCAGGCCCAGUGAGAAGCCUGCAGAAGUGUCCAUACCCCAGAGCAGUGAGGAGCCCCAGGGUGCACAGGAGGUGACCAAAGUGCGCCGGAACCUCUUCAUGCAGGAAAGUACGUCUCCGUCCAAGAGACAGAAGCUCCCACGCAGCCGCAGUGUGUCUGCGCUGGAGGGUCUGAAGCGCAAACGCAGCCACUCUGACGAGCGUCAUAAACUACUGACGAAGAAGGUGUGUGAGACGCCGCUGCACAAACAGGUGUCAGGCAGACUCCUGCUGCGGCAAAGGAUGGGGAGGAGGUCCACCACGACAGACGAAAGCAUCAUCGAGGAGUCUCCAGUCAAACCCACUGAAGAUCUUCGCAGGAGUCCUCGUCUGAAGCAGUUUUCUCGGCGUCACUCGUUCUACUCCAGCUCGCAGCCGCUUGUCACUAUAGAGGAGCUGAAUGUGAGCUCUGUGCGGUCUCCCAUCCGGCUGCUGUUUGGAGCCACGCGAAGCCCCCACAGAACCAGGACCUCCUCCAACUCCAGCGUCUUCCAGAGUCCAAACAGAACUCCCACCAAGUCCCCUGGUCGCCGCAGUGUUUCCGGAACUCCCAAAACACCCUUGUCUUCACAAAUGACGGGGAACAGUCCUUUCAAAUCCCCCAAGAGCCCCUUCAGAGCGCCGCUGGUUUGUGAGACCCCCGAGAAGAGCAGUCCACUCAAGAGUAUUCUGAAGACGCCAGUCAAGCACCUCCACACACCCAAGAAGACCGUGACCUGGUCUCCGCUCCCGCAGGCCGCCCAGAGCCUGCACUUCACAGACCCCCUGGAGUCUCCAAAGCUUCACGCCUUUACUCUCAAAACUCCAGACAAGUUUGGAUACCGCGUCAAAGUGUUGAAGACUCCGGACAAGCUGCCAAAGGACGUUUUCGCUUGUCAAGUGAGUCUGGAGAAACUGGAGGAAGAUUCUCCCAAGAACAGAACCGUGGGAACGCCGCCUUCACUCAAGAAGAACGUCCGAUUCAGUCCCAAACUUCAGAACGAGGGAACGCUGCCUGGAAAAGCUCCGCAAACGAGGGGGAGGAACUGGAGCUCUCGUCAGCAGAAGGACCCAGAGAGUGUUGCAUGUUUUCGAAGUCAGAAGUCGCCCACACAAAGGCGUACUGAAGGAAAUAGCCCCAAACUGAACUUGCCAUCUUCAGAAGAGUUUUCACCGCCACAAAUGAGAAUCACGAGAAGAGACACCGCUCUGAACUGUGCCGACGAAGACUUAAAAGGGAGAAAGACAAAGCGGGAAUUAAGAUCCAGCAACGACUUGGAUCGUUUGAAAGAAAUAGGUUCUAGAAACGGGACUGUUCCGAUAUCAACACGAAGUUUACGGUCACGGCCCAAUGACGGUCUCUGCGACUGUAACUCUGAGCAGACCAAACGCUCAACUACUAACACUGGAGCUGAAGACCUGGAGCUGGCAGAUGAUUUAAAAGAAGAUUCAUUAAAACAAAGAAAAAACAAAUCAGUGUCUGCAUAUGAGCAGAGCCAACUGAUAACGAGAACUCAAACUCUUUCUGAUGAUUUGAAUCAAAGAGAGGAGGAAAUGUCACCUAAGGCUAAUGGGAAACGGCAAGACUCAUAUGGGAGUGUUUUGAACCUGAAGAGUGGAGAUUUAGGGCUUGAACAACAAUCCAUUUUGAGGAAUAGGAGGACUAGUUCAGCUCCACCAGAAAACUAUGAGAAUUCGGCAAAUUCUCAAGAGAGCUCGAGCCAGGAGGAUUCCCAAGCAAGUCAGAAAUCUGAAGACAAAUUUCAGACAGAAAGCUCCAAACACACUUCUACAGACGACGACAGCGUGGAGAUUGUGAACGCAGCCGUGGUCAAAGCGCAGGGCCUCAAAAUGAAUAUUAGUUUCUCGCGAAAACCAUCAAACACAGGCGAACUCUCGGAUACAGACGAUCUCUCGGACCACACACUGCCUCCGAGAAACUACGGUUUCCGCCAGACUCCGGACCGCCGUCAGCGCGAGGCGGCAGUGCGUCUGGGUUACGCCACAGAGUUCCCCACACGCUCCUGGACACCGCGCACAGGCCGCAAACAAGCUGCCGUACUGACGUACGAGGUGCAGAUGGAGAUGCAGACUUCAGGGGUUCCCAAAUUGAGGUUCAAACGCACGGACUCCGACGCGGCAAGUUCUGCUGCGCCAAGGAAGAGCAUGUCUCCGUCGGUCUGCACACACAGAACUCCAGCAAAGAGGAACGAGCCGACGCAGACGUUCAUCUGUCAAUCGUACACGAGCUCAGACACGCCCACUCCGUGCUUGGACACGCCCACUCGGACACAGCGCUCGCCCGUUGCCACCGCAGACACAUUUGCGCUCACCCCUUCGCCACAGAGUGCAGGGAAACACACACCAGAUCUGAACAGCUGGCCGCGCAAAAAGAGGGUUGCAGUGCAGCGGCCAGGACCCAAGAAGAUGGAGGAGGCGCAGUGCUGCAGGUCACAGGACGACCAAGUGGAGGUGUUGCAGUGCGAACUGGGAGUGGGCAGACUGCAGGAGCCAGAGGAGGAGCAGAGGAAGUCCCCCGAGCUCCUGUGGGCGGAGUGUAUGGAGGACGAUGCGUUUGUGAGUAAAGACACAGCUGAGACUCCUCCAAGCUCCAGGAAGAGGAAACCAGUGACCGUCAGUGGGAUUCUUGCUCUGACCAGCUCCCCCCUGCUAUUCAAGACAUCUGCCACCAGAGGGAGCACCCCCAGAGGGACAGGACACUCUGGGAACGUGUUUGACCCGGACAUCUCUCCCUUCGGAAAGCCUCUCAGUCGUGCGUCGACCAAAACUCACCGCCGCAAGAAACUUCUGCCUUAA